CUCAAAAACUCAAAUAGUGAACGUCAAAACUUUAGCAACAAAACCUUGUUUUUUCUCAAUUUUGCUCAAAAACAAACAAACUCUAUGCAAUAAUCCAGCAAAUUAAUCAUGGGCGCAGCCAGUAGUCACACAAAGCAACCGCUUUAACCUCAAAUGUUGCUGUGCUGGCAUAAAAACAUUAGCAAUCCUUAUCAAUUCCGCUAGUUAUCCACGUAAUUACAGUGCUUGAUAGCUGUUAGUCACCAAUUUAACUGAAGGCGCCACAUAGUGAGUGAGAAAAUGGGGCAACAAGACGAGGGCGGAAUGAGGGCGUUGAUCCUAGUGGGGGGCUACGGGACUCGACUGAGACCGCUCACUCUAAGCCGCCCCAAGCCCCUGGUGGAGUUCGCCAACAAGCCGAUUCUGCUGCAUCAGGUGGAAGCUUUGGUGAAAGUUGGGGUGACCGAGGUGAUCCUCGCCGUGUCCUACCGGGCGGAGCAAAUGGAGCAGGAGUUAGCAGAAGAAGCGAAAAAGUUGGGGGUGAAGAUGAUUUUCUCGCACGAGGUCGAGCCCCUUGGUACUGCCGGCCCGAUUGCGCUGGCAGGCGAACACCUGACGAAGAGCGACAAGCCCUUCUUUGUCCUGAACUCGGACAUAAUUUGCGACUUUCCUUUUAAGAAACUGAUCGAUUUCCACAAGAGCCAUGGCAAAGAAGGUACCAUUGUGGUGACCAAAGUGGAGGAACCGUCCAAGUACGGGGUGGUGGUUUACGACGACAACAAGUGCAUUGGGAGCUUCGUGGAAAAGCCCCAGGAGUUCAUUUCAAAUAAAAUCAACGCUGGAUUGUACGUGUUGAAUCCCAGCGUGAUCAAGCGCAUCGAAUUGCGACCGACGUCGAUUGAAAAGGAGGUUUUUCCCAACAUGGCUCAGGACAAUGAACUGUUCGCUUUCGAGUUGGGCGGCUUUUGGAUGGACGUGGGCCAGCCUAAGGACUUCCUCACUGGCAUGUGCAUGUACCUGAAACAUCUCAGAACCAAUGAACCUGAUCGCUUGUACAAUGGCCCGGGAGUUGUGGGCAACGUCCUGGUGGAUCCCACAGCUAAGAUCGGCAAAAGUUGCCAAAUCGGGCCCAACGUAACCAUAGGCCCAGGCGUGACCAUUGAAGACGGCGUUUGCAUCAAGAGAUCGACAGUUUUAAGGGGCGCAACCAUCCGCUCCAAUACCUGGCUGGAAAGUUGCAUAAUUGGCUGGCGAUGCAGCGUGGGCCAAUGGGUGAGAAUGGAGGGCAUUACCGUACUGGGCGAGGAUGUAAUUGUAAAGGACGAAACGUAUAUAAAUGGGGGCCAAGUGCUGCCGCACAAAAAUAUCGGAGAUUCCGUACGCACGCCACAAAUUAUUAUGUGAUAUUUCUUAUUCCCAGACUUUCAGUCGAUUUUUCAUAGUUUUAAGCUAGCAAUUUGCCGCAUUUGUGUGAAUGUUUGUGGUAGCUGGGCGAUUUUUUUUCCUUAGAAAAACCAUCGCCCGAUUACAAUGCGUUUGUAAUUACUGUCGGGGGCAUUUUUCUAUUGUAGAAUUAAUAAACUUAAUGUGGCUUUGCAAA